GAAACGCGUCGCAGCCAAGAAAGUUGAGCAGCAGUCAGAAGGAACUUCGGGAGUGAUGCGCGAUCUGCGAGUAAUGGACGGGCCCGGAGCAGAAGGAGCUACUCUGGAGAGGAGAAAGUUUCAUCGCUUUUAAAUCCAUAACAAUAGCUUUCUGAAGGGAGGACAGUGGAAAUACAGUGUGAAGCUCGACAUGGAGAUACACGCGUAAAUGGCACAGAGGCACAGUCACAGCAGACUCCUGCGCUGUCAGCCUUUCAUCCGGAGAAGUGGAUUAUCUGGAUUCGAACGUCCAUGAGACUCUCGGGAAUACUGGGAAUGAGAUUUUUUUUGUGGCUUUUUUAAACUUGGAUUUAUUGUUGUUUUUUGUUGUUAUUGAUCGUGAAAUAAGUUGAAGGAUUAGACACAAGGGGAGAAGAUGGGCAACAUAGAGAGCGUGGACGGCCAGUCGGAGAUGAUGAAGCAUCACAUCAUGCCCCUGAAGGUGCCCAUGCCGGACCCCAACGAGCUGGAGGAGAAGUUUGCCGUUGUUUUGAAUUCUAUGAACCUGCCUCCAGACAAAGCCCGGCUCCUCAGACAGUAUGACAAUGAGAAGAAAUGGGACCUGAUCUGCGACCAGGAGAGGUUUCAGGUGAAGAACCCGCCUCACACCUACAUCCAGAAGCUGCGAGGCUACUUAGACCCCGGAGUCACGCGCAAGAAGUUCCGCAGGCGGGUGCAGGAAUCUACAAAAGUCCUGAGGGAGCUGGAGAUAUCGCUGCGGACAAACCACAUUGGGUGGGUGAGGGAGUUCCUCAAUGAUGAGAACAGAGGUCUCGACGUCCUGGUGGAGUAUCUCUCCUUCGCUCAGUGUGCUGUCAUGUUGGAUUUUGAGGGUCUGGAGAAUGGUGAGGAAGGCUUCUUGGACAAGUCUAAGUCUUGGAGCAGGUCUAUAGAAGAUCUGCACCAUUCGGGCAGCCAACCCUUCUGCAACACACUGGUGCGCUCUGCCCGCCAGUCUGUCCUCCGCUAUGGCUCCGUCUCCACCACCAAAACCAUCAAGAACUCCCGCCUUGUGAGCCAGAAGGAUGAUGUGCACGUGUGCAUCAUGUGCCUGAGAGCAAUCAUGAACUACCAGUAUGGCUUCAAUAUGGUCAUGUCUCACGCACACGCAGUCAAUGAAAUUGCUCUCAGCUUGAACAAUAAGAACUCACGGACGAAAGCUUUGGUCCUUGAGCUGCUGGCUGCCGUCUGUCUGGUCCGAGGAGGUCACGAGAUCAUCCUUUCAGCAUUUGAUAACUUCAAAGAGGUGUGUAAGGAGAAGCAUCGCUUUGAGAGACUGAUGGACCACUUCCGCAGUGAGGAGGGAAACAUCGACUUCAUGGUUGCUUGCAUGCAGUUCGUCAACAUCGUGGUCCACUCGGUUGAGGACAUGAACUUCAGGGUCCAUCUGCAGUAUGAAUUCACCAAGCUGGGACUGGAUGAUUACCUGGAGAAAUGUAAACACACAGAGAGUGACAAGCUGUCGGUGCAGAUCCAGGCCUACCUGGACAACGUGUUCGACGUGGGGGGGCUGCUGGAGGAUGCAGAGACCAAGAAUGCGGCGCUGGAGAAGGUGGACGAACUGGAGGAGCACCUGUCCCAUGUGACGGAGCGGGUGCUGGAGGUUGAGAAUGAGACAAUGAUGAAAGUAGCUGAUCUGGAGAAGCUGCUCCUUCAGAAAGACAAGGACCUGCUAGCAAUCCGGGAGACGUACGAGUCGACCAACACCCAGGUCAACACCCUGAGGAGGGUGAUCAAGGAGAAGGACGCCGCCUUCCAGAGGUCCUUCAACAUCGAGAGGCGGCUGCUGGAGCUGGAGCAGCAGGGCACCAUCCGUUUGCACAAGAAGCCCGAUGGAGACAUUGCAAUCGAGCCGCUUGGUGUGGGUGGUGGUGGGGGGGGCACUGGCCUCGGGAUCCCUCUGGGUGACAUCGGGCAGCUGUCUCGGGUCCCGACAGCAGGGUGGACGGAACCGGGAGGGCCCGACACCAGUUUACCCCCAGCCAGUGAAGCACCCCCACCGCCUCCGCCGCCUCCACCACCUCCUCCUCCCCUGCCCUCAGCCUUAGGCGUCGGUCCACCAGCCCCACCACCGCUUCCUCCUCUGGCUCCACCUCUGCCAGAUGCUUGUCCCUCAGUUAUCCUGAGUUUGGGUCUGUCAGCCAUCAGAAUCAAGAAGCCCAUCAAGACGAAGUUCCGCCUGCCUGUGUUUAACUGGACGGCCCUGAAGCCCAAUCAGAUCAAUGGCACAGUCUUCAAUGAGAUUGAUGAUGAACGUGUGUUGGAGGAGCUGGAUGUGGAGAGGUUUGAGGAGCUCUUUAAAACCAGAGCCCAGGGUCCGAUUGUCGACCUCGCCUGCACAAAGAGCAAAGUGGCCCAGAAGACGGUGAACAAAGUCACUCUGCUGGAAGCCAAUCGCUCCAAGAACCUAGCCAUCACGCUGCGAAAGGCGAACAAGUCCUCAGAGGAGAUCUGCAAAGCAAUAGAGAAGUUUGACCUCAAGGCCUUACCGGUGGACUUCGUGGAGUGCCUGAUGCGCUUCCUGCCCACGGAGACGGAGGUCAAGGUGCUGCGUCAGUACGAGCGCGAGCGGCGGCCGCUGGACCAGCUGGCGGAGGAGGAUCGCUUCAUGUUGUUAUUCAGCAAGAUCGAGAGACUCACGCAGAGGAUGAACAUCAUCACCUUUGUCGGGAACUUUGCCGACAAUGUCAGCAUGCUCACGCCGCAGCUCAACGCAGUCAUCGCUUCUUCGGGAUCCGUCAAAUCCUCACCCAAGCUGAGGAGGGUGCUUGAGAUCAUCUUAGCUUUGGGGAACUACAUGAACAGCAGCAAGAGAGGAUGUGUCUAUGGCUUCAAAUUACAAAGUCUUGAUCUGCUGUUGGACACUAAGUCCACAGACAGAAAAAUGACGUUGCUCCACUACAUAGCUCUCAUCAUAAAAGAGAAAUUCCCUGAACUGGCUAACUUCUGCAACGAACUGCACUUUGUGGAGAAAGCUGCAGCGGUAUCUCUGGAAAAUGUGCUGCUGGAUGUGCGCGAGCUGGGGAAAGGCAUGGAGCUGAUCCGCAGGGAGUGCAGUCUCCACGACCACUCGGUCCUGAAAGGCUUCGUCCAGGCCAACGACUCACAGCUGGACAAGCUGCAGAAGGACGCCAAGACCGCCGAGGAAGCCUUCAACAAUGUGGUGAACUACUUCGGGGAGAGCGCCAAGACGACUCCGCCCGCCGUGUUCUUCCCCGUGUUUGUGCGCUUCAUCAGAGCCUACAAGGAUGCAGUGGUGGGAAACGAGCAGAGGAAGAAGCAGGAGGAAGCAAUGAGGGAAAAGUUAUUGGCUCAGGAGGCUAAACAGCAGGAACCUAAGGUCCAGGCCCAGAAGAAGAGGCAGCAGCAGGAGCUGAUCGCAGAGCUGCGCAAGCGGCAAGCCAAGGACCACCGGCCCGUGUAUGAGGGCAAGGACGGCACCAUUGAGGAUAUCAUUACAGAUCUUCGAAGCCAGCCCUUCCUGCGAGCUGAUGCGUUGAUCCGAAACGGUUGGAAGAGACCCUAAACCACUUAUUCAUCACUUAUCGCUCCCCUCCCCAUUUAAAACCCUCCUCCUCCCCCCUGUGUCCCGACGGUCCAUCUCAACCCUGAGGCUGCAGAUCACAAAGACUCAAAAUAAAAGGGAGGACAGGACAGCGCCCUUGUGUUAGCUGGGUAAUUUAUUUAUUUAUGGAGGCCAUUAACCGCCACUUUAAGCGAGCAAGGCGCCGUUCCGGGAGCACGUUGGUUUACUCCUCUCUCGCUGCACGUAUGAGACUUUCACUGCUCUGUUGGCGUCGAGGGCCUGACCAGUCGGAGCACAGGUGAGGUGAGGACUGACGGACCGCAGCGCAGACGGAAUUGUACUUUCACUAACAAGUGCCUGCCAACAUGUGGAUCUUAUUCCCGAGACCAUACAUUUCCUCCGAUGAUGCAGUCAUAGCAGGACUUCGACUGGGAGGCAGCCAAGGGAAGAUGCCAACCACGCUGCUGGGAUGUUUUGCCUCCAAGACACUUGCAAAAAAAGAAACCUUCCUCCAAAUCAGCGAGAAGCUACUCAACACAUCCAAUCACAACUUAAUACCGACAAUGUUUUAUUUAGAUUUCAAUCACAUGUAUCUCGGAGGAAAGGGCAUCUACAGUGCAGGUUCCUUAGGGACAAGCUAGCCAAACCAAACUUUCUUGAAUGUCUCAUGUUGUUGUUUUAAGAAGUGCCUUUUUUUUCCUGUGUAACCAGUGUUAUUUCUCAUGGUUCAGCCAUAAUAAGUUUAUUUUACACCCGUCAUUGGUUAAAUAUUGUAUUUUCAUUGCCUUGUACUUGUAACAUUAGCCUUAUAACACCGACAAUAAUAUGCAAAAAGUGGAAAUCUCCAGAUCUUAAGACACACCAGAAGAAGGAGAAUAAGGAUUUGAGGACUGCUCUUCUAUAUACCUUAAGUACAUCAAUGUCUUAAAGCUUCUUCGGAUUUGACUUGAGUCAUUAUGUUUCUGUGCCUUGUUAAAAACUGAAUGUUGAACGCCUUGACAACACUUCCUGUCAUACUUUGAAGUGACAUUAUGGAAGUGACACCUGUAUGAAGAAGCGGACUGCUGUAAGAGGCCUCGGAUGACGUUAACCUGCUAUAGAUGUGGUGAUGGAUGAAGGAUGUUUCCAAUCUUAAAGAGAUGUUAUGUGUGUGAAGAUUUGUCUUAUAUCCUAGAUGAGUUUCCUCCCAACAGCUGUUGAGACUUACAGCCCGUGUUGUAACUUAAGGGAGCGACACUUUGUACACUAAUUAAUUUGGCUUUCGUUGUAUGAGACACUAUUCUUUACAUUAAUGUACAUUGAAAUCAAGAAAUUUACUUUUUAGAAGAAAUGAUCCAUUAUAUUUGUCUAUUGACUGAAAGAUGACACUUUCCUUUUUAAUAAAUAAGAUGAAUUAUCUAACUUUAAGACCAAAGUAUA